CUAACGCUAAUGGUAACAACAGCAAGUGUACCUUUUCACAGUGAAACGUAUUUGUACAGAAGAUGGCUGGAAUCGUUCACAUUGCAAUAGGGCUGCUGCUGUUCUCUUUUAUCAGAACAGGUGUAAAUGGAGAAGAUGGUCUGAUAUUUGAACAGCGUUAUGAUAUUACAUUUCCAUGUGAAGAUGAUUUAGUCUGCUUUCAUAUAUGGCACUUUGCUGAAAGUGAAACAAGUCCAAUUGCCGUAGUCACUAAUGGAGAGAUCCUGACAGCUAAUUCAGAGUAUGAGGACUCAAAAUGCACUCUGCAUAUCAAAGAUCUCACAACGGAGGAUGUUGGACGUCAUCACUGCCACCAAAAGCCAGAUGUCUUCUCUCCUCACAAAACCACCCCAGACUUAAACCUCAUGCCUGGCAAAACGCUGUCACUGCAGUGUGUUCUCCUCACCUACAUAGAGCAGAGACACUGCCAUACUCAGCUACAACAGGUCAGCCUGGCGUGGGUGGAUGAAUCCGGUGCUGAGAUACAAGAGAACUCACAGCAUCAGAUUAAACAGAAGUCUCUUUGUGAUGUGACUCUGACUGUCACCUUUCAAAGUCCUGAAGACAAGAAGUUUAGAUGCCAGGCGACUGUGGAUGAACAAGUUCAGACUUCAGCAGAGUUAUGGGUCAGAGUCCCAGGGAGGGGAAGAGGAUUCAUCAUAGAACUAGAACCUGAAAAUCAAGGUCGCAACCAGGAUGCGAUCAGCGCCGCUGUAGGGGUGGUGGGAUGUGUGGCUUUGACAGCACUGGUUGCUGCAUUUGUUGUGAACAGAAGAAGAACAAGAAACCAGCUGCCUGAUGAGUCUUGUUACACGGCCAGUACCAACAAUGUUACGAAUGCAGACGAUGUGAUCUAUGCUGAAGUUUCUCUACCCGUUGGUUCUGGUAGACUGCUGGUCCAUGAGUGUGAGUCCACUGAAUACGCCUGUGUCCAAUACAAAUAGUCCGUCGUCCAAAAUGUAAAUUGCAGUGUAUCUUUUCUUUGUUUGUGAGCUCCAAAUGUGAUAUCGCCAUAUAUUUACUAUACAGUCAUAUGCUCCACACCAAAUCCCUGUACUUUAAUUCUAGUUGGCACUUGGGAACCCAACAGUUAUUUUCCACUUUGACUCAUUUUGCAUUUCAGCUUGUUGUUGUUACAUGAUUUUGAACAGUCUACCUCAGUACAUUUACUUACAUCUGACAGUAUGUAUUUCCUGUUUCUCUAUCAGAUGUAUAAUUUUGCAGAAGAUGUAUUUACUGAAAUCAGCAUUAAUUGUCAUUUGUUGUGUUUCUUAUUGUUUUCUUUUUGCAACACUGUGUUCAGGUCUGUAAUAAAUGAAAAGAUAACAAA